AUGGAGCACUCAACCCUGGCACCGUUCUGGGGCCCGCAGACCUCUUACCUCAACUUUUGCGAAGAAGACUAUGUAGUCACCCGGUACAUCGCGGAGUUUAUCAAUACCCUGAGCAGCUUCGUAUACAUCGUUUACGGGAUCUAUGGCCUGUCCAAGCUUCGUCAUAAGCCGCACGCCGGCUCCCGCUCGAUUCCGUAUUUUGGGUUGAUGGGAGUAGGCGUCUGCUCGGCAGGCUACCAUAUGACCCUGAAGUACCACACCCAAAUGUCGGAUGAAUUGUCCAUGCAUCUGUUGACAACGCCCCUCCUGUAUCGCAUUCUCUCUUUCCAGACCAGCCCAGAGCACACCCGGAUGGUGGGCAUUGUUCUCUCUAUUCUGUUCACCAUCGUGAUGGUCGUCCACAUGGUGAUGGAUGAAUUCCUCCUCCACGCUGUCACCUUCGGCAUGGCAGUCUAUUUGAUCGCAACACGUACGCUCAAGAUCAUUCCCCGACAAAUCCCCGAUCCGGUAACCCGGAAGAACAUUCAAAGCGUAGCGCUCUUUGGAUGCGCGAGCUUUAUCUUCGGUUACCUGGUGUGGUUGAUUGACGACUGGGCCUGUCUGAUUUUGACCAGCACAAGACAAGCUGUUGGGUUGCCUUUGGCGUUCUUGUUCGAAUUGCAUGGAUGGUGGCAUGUCUUCACUGCCAUUGGCGGCUAUAUUGCUGUUGCGAUUAUUGACCUCUUGACAUCUGGCGAAGUGGACAAGGACUCCACUGAACGCCUGGCCUGGCCCCUUCCUGUUGUCGCGAGGUUGGUGGCAGCAAGAAGUAGCUCAACCCAGAAGAAGGUCUUCGUUUCUAGCCAAGGCCUACCCCAGCCUGAUCCAAAGAAACUCGAUACAGACGACAUCCACGUAAGAUGCGAGCCGCUUAAGAUAAUCAACGACGAGAGGCGCAGAAUUCCUCCCCCCAACCAGCAGCGUCCUGAUCGAGCUUAUUCCGAUGCGGGAUCGGAAGAUACGAUAAUAGUCACACCGCAAAUGAGACAGGGAACGCCUGAGACUGUGAAUCUCCGACUCCCGGGAGAACCAGUGACACCACGGACACCAGGAGGGCCAUGGACGCAAGGAUCGCCAGGAUCGCCUACACUACGCAGUCCCCGACGACGCAGUCCAAUACCAGAGCCGCCAAAGCCAUACUUAUUCGGAAAAUGCCGCGGACGCGAUACAGCAAUUGCUUUGGACUCUUGUCUUGGGUGGGAUCCACGGAACGGAGGGACCAUGAUUGCCCAAAGGAAUGGCCAAGGAAUGACGAAGGGUGACUGUCAUAGCUGUCAAUACUACAAAACUGGGGAUGAUGGGUCUUUCUUGAUUACCUGUCUUUGCCAAAAGACUCCACAAGCAGAGCAAAUUUCUGGUAUGGAUGAUCCACGGCUAAGGAUGUUCCACCAACCUGGUGUGGUAGUUAUUGAUAAGAAUAAUCGCUUCCGCUGUUUUGAUAUCCUUGGACUUUGA